AUGCAGAUUCAGGCAGGGGUGAGGGUCAGGAGGACCGCAGCAGCAGAGCGUUGGUGUAAAAGCCUGAGAGCCCGAGGCUUGCGCUAUGGUCAGCCACCCAGCUUGGCUGGAGCAGAGGGUUUAGGGAGGCAAGGAGCUUUGGGACUGAGAAGCGAUUCUCCAGAUGUCCCCGAGGAGGCUGCCAAGUCAGCUUUGCCUGACCUGCUUUCUCAAUGGAAGGUCCCAUCAGGAGCAUCAAAUCCAAGCUGCCAGAGCGCAGCCAGGUGCAUCGCGCUGGCCACCUGUCAGCUGAGCUCCGGACCCCCACGUCUCACUGCUAUUUUUAUGAUUCCCACAAACCCACCACCAACAUUCAGGAAGCCAGAACUUUGUUCUGAUGAUUUCACCAAUUUUGUUAAAAAGUGCCUAGUGAAGAAUCCUGAGCAGAGAGCUACUGCAACACAACUUUUACAGCACCCUUUUAUCAGGAAUGCAAUACCUGUAUCAAUUUUAAGAGACUUGAUCACAGAAGCUAUGGAAAUCAAGGCUAAAAGACAUGAAGUAGAGCGAGAAUUGGAAGAGGAAGAAGAAAAUUCAGAUGAAGAUGAGCUGUAUUCCCACACCAUGGUGAAGACUAGCUCGGAAAGCGUGGGCACCAUGAGGCCCACAAGCACGAUGAGUGAAGGGGCCCAGACCGUGACUGAACAUAACAGCACAAUGUUAGAGUCUGACUUGGGGACCAUGGUUAUAAACAGUGAGGAUGAGGAAGAAGAUGGAACUAUGAAAAGAAAUGCAACUUCACCACAAGUACAAAGGCCAUCUUUCAUGGAUUACUUGGAUAAACAGGACUUCAAGAAUAAGAGUCAUGAAAACUGUAAUCAGAAUAUGCAUGAACCCUUCCCUAUGUCCAAAAAUGUUUUUCCUGAUAAUGGGAAAGUUCCUCAAGAUGGAGACUUUGACUUUGGGCUUCCUGGAUGGCGCAGUGGUUGA